UGCACAGGCAUUAUGGUCUACAGCCAGCCAUAAGCCACUUCUUUCCUUGCCAAAAGCCUCUCACGUCAGCUGAACACGUCAGCAGCACGUGAACUGGUAUGCUUUAUGGUAGAGGCAUGAAAGCACAAAGCCGCUGGUCAUUGCUGCAUCAGGGUUUUCUGCGAGGUCCGCAUUCCAUGCUUAAUUGUUGGCUGGCAGCUUGGCAGUUGGCACUUCUCCGACUGAAGCGACCAUGGCAGCCUUAGUAGGGCUAAUGCGGAAAACGCGAGAUUAUAUUACGACCAAGGAGUUUCGGGAUUAUAUAACCAGCACCCACUUCUGGGGUCCUGUGGCCAACUGGGGUCUUCCACUGACCGCCUUUAAGGGUAUGAAAGCGCCUCCCGACAUCAUCAGUGGCCGCAUGACAACAGCCCUCAUCUUCUACUCCAUGGCUUUCAUGCGCUUUGCCUACCGUGUCCAGCCUCGAAACUACUUGCUGUUGGCAUGCCAUUUCUCCAAUGUGUUGGGGCAGAGCAUCCAGGGAAGCCGUUACCUGAAGCACCACUACGGUGAUGGAGCCAAGGCCAAAGCCAAAGCCACCAACCCUCGGGCCAAAUAAGCUUGAUGACUGGUGGGGUGAGAGGGGUAGCCUGAACCAGACUUGUAAGCACUGGACUCUAUUCCUCCUAAAGAAAAGCCAAGGAAAACGUGGGCUUGCAAACCCGAUUUAAACCUGCAGUUUAGUUAAUUUUAAAAAAAGCAUCAAAUUGA